GUUUCUGUGUGGGAAAGAGAUCAAGAAGAGGAAAUGCAUCUUUCGGCUGAGGACCAGAGUCCCUCCUAAUCCCCCCUCUAAGCUCUUUCCUGAGCGUGCUCAGAACGACGGAGGACGGGGAAGCAAGAAAGGCGUGGUCAGUGUUUCAGCAGAGAGGAAGAAGAGGAAGUCCAAGUGGCUUCUAGAAGAUGCUAUUCCUAAUAACGAGCUGUCCUGCAGCUGGACCUCCAACCACCACAUGGCAAACAUCUUUGACUUCUCUCUGGACGAGCUGCAGAGCCUCAAAAGUAGUUCCAGCAGGACCGUCAGUAUAGAUCAAGACUCCACUGAUGCCUCCACCUCAGGCUCUGCCACCACCAGCGCCUCCUACCACUUCAGGAGGAGGGUCGGCAGUAGGAAGCGGAAGUUGCCCAGCAGCAGUUACAGCCAUUGGGCCAAUCGCAGCGAGGCAGGGGAGGAGCUCGUCGAGGAGGGGCAGUCUGCCAUGCUAGAGGACCAAGAAGUUACGAACCACUCUCACCUGGCAACAGACUCCUCCCACUUCUUAUCUGACCCCUCCCAGAUUCCCUCUGACUCCUCCCACCUCCACUCUUCCAUCUCCUCGUACUUUGGAGUAGCAGGCAGACUGACCAACGGGGAAAGGGUCCCUGCAGAGAGACAGACAGGUGGUCAGACAGAGAGACAGACAGGUGGACAGACAGACAGACAUGUGAAGUAAGUGUAGAGCAGGAGGAGUGACCAACACACCUGAAGAGACGAGCUCCAGCUUUCCAGUCGUCCAAAUGUCUGUGAGUUCAACCUUCCGCUCUGGGAUCAGGUCAUUGGAUAGAGCGCCGGCCUCUGGUCUCCCUGCCGCAGAGGAUCGAGCGGCCAUGGACGAGCUGGUGAAACACCUGUCCAGGUGUCAGCACAUGGGCUGGAUGAAGGUGAUCGAGCUGAAGAGCGCCUCCAUCCAUUGGCUGUCGUGUGGUCAGAAGGCGGAGACUGAUGUGUGGAGUAAAAUGUUCUGCAUCCUGUCCGACUCUCAGUUACUGAUGCUCAACAAUCUGGAGGUUCAUCCUCUGCUUCUUGCAGAGAGGGCGGAGACUUGCACGGUCUGGUUGCUCAGAUACACUCUCCAUGUGACCCCGGGACUUCCUCGCCACACCCACAAAGAUGUUCCAGAGAGAGGGAUCCGCCGACAGAGCAUGCCCAGCAGCUCAGUGGUGGACACACCCACCGCCAGAGUGACGGGGUUUCUCUCCCGGAGGUUGAAGCAGUCUCUCCGACGGACUCGAUCUCAUCCUAAACUGCCUCGUCCGACCAGCAUGAGGGCUGACAUCAUGAACAGCGCUGACACCAGGUGUGUGAUGCGGCGGCUGCGCUGUGGUAGCCAGGAGUCCUUACUUAGCGCCGGCUGUGUUUCAUCUCUGGAGCUCAGGAUGGACCAAUCAGUGAUCAUCAAACCCGUCCACUCCUCCCUUCUGGGACAGGACUACUGCUUUGAGGUGACAACCACGACAGGAACAAAGUGCUUCUCGUGUCGUUCUGCGGCAGAGAGAGAUAAAUGGAUGGAGAACCUGAGACGAGCCGUUCAUCCCAACAAGGACAACAGCAGGCGGCUGGAGAACGUGCUGACCGUGUGGGUGAUCGAGGCCAAAGACCUUCCUGCAAAGAAAAGGUACUUCUGCGAGCUGUGUCUGGACGACAGUCUCUACGCUCGGACAUCGUGUAAGCUGAAGACUGACAACAUCUUCUGGGGCGAGCGUUUCGACUUCAGCAGCCUGCCGUCCAUCAACGCCAUCACUCUCCAUCUCUACAAAGACACCGACAGGAAGAGGAAGAAGGACAAGAGCAGCUACGUCGGGCUGGUCAACAUCCCCGUCGCAACCGUGAUGGGGCGACAGCUGGUGGAGAAGUGGUACACACUGAGCACGCCCAGCACCAUCAGGAGUAAGUCGUCUGUACCGACAGUCCGCAUCAAAGCUCGGUACCAGAGCAUCGUCAUCCUGCCGAUGGAGCAGUACAAAGAGUUCGCGGAGUACAUCAGCUCCAACUACCUGCUGCUCUGCAACACUCUGGAGGCCUCCAUCAGCCUGAGAGCUAAAGAGGAGCUGGCUGCGGCGCUGGUCCACAUCCUGCACAGCACUGGGAAGGCCAAGGACUUCCUGACAGACCUGAUGAUGUCAGAGGUGGACCGUUGCCGGGACAAUGACCAGCUGAUCUUCAGAGAGAACACACUGGCGACGAAAAGCAUCGAGGAAUACUUAAAGCUGAUUGGACAGAAGUACCUGCAGGACGCACUGGGUGAGUUCAUCAAAGCUCUGUAUGAGUCAGAUGAGAACUGUGAGGUCGACCCGGCUCGUUGUGCGACCUCUGACCUCGCUGAGCAUCAGGCCAACCUGAGGAUGUGCUGCGAGCUCGCCUUCUGCAAAAUCCUGGACUCCUUCAGGGUCUUCCCCCGGGAGCUGAAGGAGGUGUUUGCAUCAUGGCGGCAGGAGUGCGGUAACCGAGGGCGGCCGGACAUCAGCGAGCGCCUCAUCAGCGCCUCCUUGUUCCUGCGCUUUCUCUGCCCGGCAGUGAUGUCACCGUCGCUGUUCGACCUGAUGCAGGAGUACCCCGACGAGCGCUCUGCAAGAACCCUAACCCUCAUCGCCAAAGUCAUCCAGACCCUCGCCAACUUCAGCAAGUUUGGGACUAAGGAGGAGUACAUGCUGUUCAUGAAUGACUUUGUGGAGCGGCAGUGGAGCAGCAUGCAGCGUUUCCUGCAGGAGAUCUCUAACCCGGACGGUCUGAACCACACCGCCGGCUUCGACGGAUACAUCGACCUCGGCCGGGAACUAUCCACCCUGCACACUCUGCUCACCGAGAUCGACCAGUCGUGUCUGGCGAAGCUCGGCCCUCUUCCUCGGAUCCUCAGAGAAGUCUCCACGGCUCUGGCUAACCCCGGUGGCGUGGGUCACCCUGGGGGGAUGUCUGUGUCCUCUCCUGAGCCUCAGCGUGUGGUGUCGCCACCUCCCAUGUCCCCUCCCCCUCUUUCCCCACCCCUCUCACCUCCUCUGGCGACCUGUAAUCCCUCCAUGGGCCUGCAGGGCGGCGUUGGACUGGACGGAGGUAUGGUAGAUUUCACCAGACUUCCCUCUCCGACUCCAGAGAACAAAGACUUGUUCUUCGUCACUAAAGGAUCCAGCCUGCAGCCGGCAUCAGGUCUCCACGGCUCCCCGGCUCCGAGCUUGUCUUACUCAGAGCCCAACGAUCACGAGGCGGGGUUCGAGAUGACCAACGGCGGCCGGAGGGAGGGCCAAGAGCUGACCCACGAGAGCCGCAGCCUGUCCCUGGUCGACCUGCAGGACACCUCUCCCAGUGACGGUCUGGAUGACAGCCAAUGGCAGCGCAGGACGGGGCUCCUCCCGCUCUCCUUCCAGAACCCUGUGUAUCACAUGACCACCACGUCACCUCGGCCGCAGACCGAUGCCACGCCCUCUGAUGGCUCCGCGGGAUCGCAGGGGAACGUGGAAGAAAGGAACGCCAUGGCGACCAAACCGGCGUUUCUCACCCAGAUGUCCGUGGGGCUGGGAGGAGGGGAGAGGGGGGAGAGAGGGGAGAGGAUGUCGGCCUUGUCGAGCAGCAGCAGUGGAGAGGAGUACUCCCGACGAGCUCUGUCCAUCAAUGAGACGCUGACGGCUACCUCCGCCCCCGCCCCUCGCCAGAGCUCCUCAGGCCCUCAGAGACGCAUCGAUCAGCCUCCUCCACCCUCCUCCGCGCCGCCAGGGCCCCCACGAGGCCGAACUCCUCCCAGCAUGCUUAGUGGCGCUGGGGGCUCCGCAUACCCGCCUCGCCCCGCCUCCGGCAGCAUGAUGUCAUCGAGUCCUGAUUGGCCGAGCAGCGGCCAGUCGAGGCUCAGACAGACAUCUUCGUCCUCUAAAGGAGACAGUCCUGAGAAACAACGGUCUGCUGCCAAGGCUCCCUCUCCCUGCGCAUUAGACCGUACUGCAGCCUGGCUCCUCAACAUGAACUCUGCAUCCUCCUACGGCGAGGCAGAAGAAGACCGCCAUGAUGACGCCCUCAUAGAGAAGUACCAGCAGGAGAUUGCGUUGCUGCAGGAGAAGCUGCGAGUUGCAGCGUUGCGGCAGGACGAGUGUGAGGCCCGACUGCUGGUCCAGGAUCAGCAGAACCAACGGAUGCUGCAGGAGUACCAGGCUCGACUGGAGGACACAGAGAGCAGACUGAGGAGGCUACAGGACGAUAAAGACCUCCAGAUGAACAGCAUCAUCAGCAGGUUGAUGGCUGUAGAGGAGGAGCUGAAGAAGGAUCACUCCGACAUGCAGGCCGUGGUCGACUCCAAGCAGAAGGUCAUCGAGGCGCAGGAGAAGAGGAUCGCGAGUCUCGACGCGGCGAACAGCCGUCUGAUGGCGGCUCUGACCCAGCUGAAGGAACGGUACGCCGUGACAUCACAGCGGAACGGCCUGUCUCCUAGCAACACGUCGUCUCUGCAGAUCACCGAGAACGGAGAGUUUCGGAACUCCGGCAACUGCUGAGUCACCGGCGGCUCGGCUCUGAUUGGCUUUUGACUGCAGGGAGGGAGGGGGAGGGGCUUAUCUGCAUGAUGUGUGAGGGCAGCAGGAGGCAGGCCUUUCUCAUUAACCACACCCCUUUUUUAAAAUCAACCAAUCAACACUGUAGAAGUUACCACAGACCUGUCAAUCAACUGUCACCUCCUACAGAGAUGGAUCUGACCUCUGACCUCUGACCUGACUCUGCCCCUGUUGUUAUGUUUCCCCUCAGUUCCUGUUUUGUUUUGCAUGUUUCCUUUUUCGAACAGCUUACAAAUUCUGACAUCAUAUCCUGUUUUCUUUUGGUACUUCCUGAUGGGGCCAGACACUUCCAACAACCAAACUGCACGUCUUUGAAAUAGCUCUAAACCACCUGGGACAAAUCCACCUGUAUCUGGUUUUGGUCUGACCAGCUGAACCCAGCGAUGUAUAUGACUCUGGUCCUGCUGGACUAUUUCCAACCACUGUUUCUGUACGAGACUCUGAUUAACCAGACUCCAUUCAUGGCUCCAUGGCUCUGGUCUGACUGGGUUUGAUCUGACUUUACUUGUCUCUUGUCUGAUGGGUUAACCCGAGCUGCGUAUGGCUCUGGUCAGACUUGUUAUCUCUAACUGUAUAUGGUUCUGGUCUGCUUAGAACUUCUUCGGUGGCAGUCUCGUCUGACUGGGUUUACUUUAGCUGUAUAUGGCUCUGGCCUGCCUUGAUUGACUCCGGCUGUUCAUGGCUCUUGUAAGACUGGGUUAGCUCUGGCUGUAAAUGGCUCUGGUCUGACUUGUUAUCUCUAGCUGUAUGUGGUUAUGAUAUGACUUCAUGAUAUGACUUCAACUCUGGCUUUACAUGGCUCUCGUCUGACUGAAUAAACUCUAUAUCGCCCCCUGUGUGACUCGGUGAACUUAAGCUGUAUAUGGUUCUUGUAAGACCGGGUGAACUCUGGCUGCAUGUGGUUCAGGCCUAAGUGGGUUAAAUGCAACUUGAUAUCGUCCUAGUCUGACAGGGUUAACUCUAACUGGCUCUGGUCUGACUUGGUUCAACUUCAGCAGUACAUGGUUUUCGAAUGAGAGGAUGAACUCUGGCUGCACAUCACUCUUGUCUUACUUGCUGCAUACAACUUCCCAUGGCUUUAGUCGGACUGGGUCGACCCUGGUGUGUGUGGCUCUGGCCUGAGGCCUAACUCUGGUCAAAUAUCACUCUUGCCUGACCGAGUUUAAUCCGACUUAACAAGACUUGAGUCUAACUGGGUCAACUCUGGCUUUACAUGGCUCUGGACUGACUUUUUAUCUCUAGAUGUAAAUGGUUCUGGUCGGACUCCAGCUGUAUAUGGUUCCAGUUGGACUUGAUUAAAGAGGGGGUAUCAUGCUCAUUUUAAGGCUUCAUAUUACAACUCAAACACUAUUUAUUCAUCUCAGAUUGGUGGCUUUGAAGGCCCUCACGUCAGCCUCUGUCUGACACAUUUCAUAUUAGCUACUGUCUCUUUAAGGCUUCGCCCUCAGCAGUCAGGAACCAGAGUUAACCGGUGUACCUCUACUUAAAGGAACAAACAAAUAAACUAUAGCUGUUUGAUUUUGGACCGAAAUCUAACUGGAUGUUUUGGAAAGACACGAAAAAAACAUCCCAUAGCGUAAAUCUGUAGAGUCCCUGUCACGUAGUUCUCGUGUGAAGGCCCUCAUUUCAGCCUCAGUCUGACACGUUUCAUAUUAGGUACUGUUUCUUGAAGGCACUCCGGAUCCCAGGAUUCCGAAAUGCUGGGUUCCGGAGUUAAUCGGUGUUCCUCUAUUUAAAGUGACAAAUUAAGAAAUAUACCCGUUUGUUUCGGACCCCAAAUCUGACCCUGAAAGUUCGGAAGGACACUUCCGUGGAGUCCCUGUCGUGUAACUCUCACGUGACUUUUUGAACAGGGCGGCUUGCGGCCUCAUCCUGGGGUUACUCCAUCACACGUUUACAUGACAGUUUGAAACUUCGCCCUCCAACAUUUUAACUUCAUAUUUAUUUGUAAAAUAUAAAAAAAGCAUGAUGCCACCUCUUUAAAUCCAACUUUUACCUGGCUCCAGUUUGAGGUAACUCUGGUGCUACAUGGCUCUUGUACGAUCGGAGGAACUCAGACGUGUAUGGCUCUACUCUGACUUGUUUAACUGGGUUUACUUUGGCUCUACAUGAGUCUCCAAAGACUGGUUUAACUCUGGUUGUGUAUGGUUCUUGUGUGACCGGGUUGACUCUGGUCUGACUGUUUACAUCUGACUGAACAUGUCUUUAUCCGGACUGAGUUAACUCUAACUGCGUAUGGCUCUGGUAUUUGACUGUAAAUCACUUCGGUCUGAGUCUGAGUGAGGACAUCUGACUUUUCUUCAGCUGUUCAUGGUUCUGGUCUAACGCCAUCCUCUCCGGCUACAUACAGCUUUAGUCUGCCUGCGUUAACCGUGGCUACGUAUGGCUCUGGUCUGACUGAACGUGACUCCGGUGUGAACAGUAUCUGUGUAAAUGAGAAAGUCAAACUUUAUCCAAACAGAGAACAUAUCAACACUUUGUAUUUUGGAGUUCACAGCUCCUGAGUAUCUUCAGGCUUUUCAUGUUUCGAUCGAGACUUAAAGGGACAGUCCAACAUUCCCGUCUCGGUGUGUGUGUGUCUCGUACUCAGAGAGGGCUAGCCUAGCUCAGCACAAGGACUGGAAAAACGGAUGAACUGUGUGUGUGUGUGUGGAGAACACACCUUUAACGGGUUGAGGUGAGCGUUUGGCCACUCUGGGCUUCCGUAGCGAUGAAUAUUUAGUUGAUCUGGUUCAGAGAUUUAUGUGAGAGAGUUAGACGUUAGUUUGUGUUGUUUCAGAGAAUUCUACUGAUUUUAAUGUAAACAUCAGAUUUUAUUGUAAAACAGUAAAAAGUUAAAAUUGUGAUGAAUAGUUUGUGAACACACGCAUACAUACACACACACACACGCACACACACACACACACACAUACACACACAUUGUCCUGUACAGGCUAGACUUUACUGGACUCUUAUGAACUCUCCUGGACUAUCCUUGACUAUCCCGGACUCUACUGUCUCUCUGCUCUGUUCACUGUGGCUUCUGUCUCUGUUCUUCUGUAUUUAUGAAACUCUGUUAGAGUUCCUGUUAUUGUUAUUUAUCAACAUCAGUAUUUAUAAAGAGAUGCUCCAAUAAACUAUUACACUAUCAAA